CGCCCCGUCGGCGAGGCGCACGUUGCCGUCGCCGAGAGGGAUUUAAUGAAUUGUCAUUCGAAUCCGCGCGCGACGUUGAAUUUCAUUCUCCUCGGGUCUCUCCUGAAUCGAUUGGAAGUUGAUUAAAAAUCUCCUUCUUCUGGAGUCAUGUAGCUCCGAUGUACGAAGCAAUUUUUUUGUCGAUAUAACGUGAGAACGAAUAGUAAUAAGAUGUACCGAUUUUUCUAUUGGCUUCAUAUUUGUUUGCCGCGUACGAACGAUCGGAAGUUAACGAAAUUGAGGGAAAAUCGUGUAGCGAAGUAAAUGAGAUAGGAUUUGAUGCCGAGUCGCAUAGAGAUCGAAGAGCUCGUUGUAUUGACCACAACGAUCAGGAAUAUGAUACAAAGAAUUGACAGAAAUAAUACUGAUCGAGCAUCUUCCACAAGAGCUGAGGGAUCGAUUCACCGAGAUGAGGGAGAUGGAUCUAGGUGUACAAAAUUCCAUGGAUAGCCUGGAGAAGAAGGUGAAGACGUUCUUCUCCAACGCCAAGAAGAUGAAGCCCAGCGAGAAGGAGGCGGAGUACGAGGCUAUCAGGAAGGAGUACUACAAGACUCUGGAAGACGCUGACGAGAAGGUGCACCUAGCCAAUCAGAUGUACGACUUGGUGGACAGGUACCUGAGGAGGCUCGAUCAGGAGCUGCACAAGUUCAAGAUGGAACUGGAGGCGGACAAUAAGGGCAUCACCGAGGUCCUGGAGAAGAGAUCGCUGGAGUUGGACCAGCCGCCCACGAAUAGUAGCCAAAAAGAAAAUCGUUACAGUUUUACGCCGAGCAGAACACGAGAUAAUCAUAGCCAUUCUCGAUCGGAGAAGCGACGGGACUCGAACGCAUCCUCCACGUCGGUGGAGAAGAGGCUGGCAAUCGAGAAGCUGCCGGCGACGACGAGUCUGCCGGAGUCACGACCUGCGUCAGCGAAUUCAACGCCUAUUAUCGCGACGAGUAGUGUCGCGCCGGCGCCGGCAGCGAUUGCCAAUUCUGUGGGCUCGGUGUGCUAUAAUCUCGGCCAUAUCGGCGCCGGUGGUAACGCCAUCGCAGCAGCCGCGUCACAGGCGAUCGCGGCUACGCAAUCGAUGCAGCAGGGUAGACGCUCGGCCAGUCUAAAGGCGAGCUACGAGGCCAUCAACACCGGCGGCGUUCACGCCGCGGAAUUCAGCAGGGAACUCGCUGGCGCGGCGCAAACCGCCAUCGCUGCCAUACAGGAGACCACGAAAAAGCAUAAAAAGAAAGUAGCCACUGUGCCGAGUUCGAGCGUGAUUGCACCUACGGUGCAACAACCCGUGUCACCACCGGUGGUUACCACAACCACGCAAGUAGUGGACCCGGACAAUCCGGAGUGGACGUACGAUCCAAACGAGCCGCGCUAUUGCAUAUGCAAUCAAGUGUCAUACGGCGACAUGGUCGCCUGUGACAAUUCAGACUGCCCCUUUGAAUGGUUCCAUUAUCCAUGCGUGGGCAUCACCGCGCCACCCAAGGGGAAGUGGUACUGCCCGCAGUGUACGUCCUCGAUGAAGAGACGUGGCGGACGGAAGAACUGAUUAGGUGAGAGGGAGAAGGAGAAGAAGAAGUUGAAGAACCAUGUUGACCACAUUAAGAAAGCAUCGCUGCUACUACCUCUUAGACACUGUCCGUCAAGUAUCGACUUAGUUAGAAAGUCGUUGUUAGCUCUGAUUUUGUAUAACUUUUUCAAUGUGCUGUUUCAAGUCGUCAUCUUGACUCGAGGUCUUCUUUUUUCGCAACUGACCGAGCAUACGCGAGAACGACAAUGUUAUUCUAUCAAAAUCUCGAAGUGCAUCUAACGGAUAUAACAAAUCGUAAGAUUUCGUUAACAUCUCAACGCGUUUUGCAUACUGCCGUUAUCUCCGAGCAAUAAGGGAAACGGGAAGAAGUGAAUAGAAGGUUAUUCGGAAUAUACGAGAAUCGUUAUAGUGCAUUCUUCGACGAGUUUGAAAUUGAACUGCUUCUCUUCAAAAACUUAGAUUUAGGUAUUAGGUAUUUAAUAGAGAACAUUUAGGCCAACAAAUUAGGCUGUAAAUAAGUAAAGAAGAUCCUUUUUUAAGUAAUUUUAGAUGAGCCUUAGUUUAAUAGAAACUUAAUUUUGUGUAAAAUUUGGACCUUCAGUAUUUAACAUUGAAAGUGAAGAAUUUACUUUUUUGAUAAAGGAAACCCGAACGAAACUAACGAUCGAAUUUAUCUGAGGAUAACGACUUACUCUUUCGCGAAGCCACUUUAUAAUUGAAUUCUACUAAUUUCGAAGGGAGAAUUGUAGCGAAUUGGUGUAUAAAUAAAAAUUAUCUGUGCAGUGAGGCGAACGUUGCCAAAACGAAUGGUCAUAUUUUUCUCAGCUAGUUCACCACCAUUUUCGGUAUCCACAAAUGCAAUUCGAAAAUUUGUUUUGUCUUUCGUUUAUCUUAAUUUUCCGUCUCUCAUCGCGAAGUGAGAUGCAAUGUAAUGCACGUUUUGAAUUUUACUUCACGCAUGAAGAUACUAAUUUAAGAUUCACCUACGAUUACGCGCUCUUUCCGGCUCUCCUCGACAAACUACGGUUACGUUAAUCCCGAAGCCGACUCUAAGUCUCAUUACAGCAGUCCCCUUCCUCAAAAUAUUAAACAGCAAAGAACCAUAAAUGUAAUUACGGAAGUAAUAGUAGAUGUCUACGAUUAAUAUUGCUAGCUCCAUUUUAUCGUCACAGAUUUUAUGCUAUGUUAAUCGACACCAUUCACAUAAUUUAUUAUGCUAAUCGGUGACUGAAUCACGUGAUUCUCGAGGAAUCUCAGUGAACAAAUAUUUUCUCGAUGUCGGCUAGCGUCCUGUCGCUUGGUAACAUUUCAAAAUGAUCGUGUUCCAUGUUUAGUUUUGUUUCUCGUUCGAGAAAUACGAAUUCUCACGCAAGAACUGCUGUUUCGAGCAACUCCUGUUUAAAUGAACCUGAUAGCUGAGAGCUUCUAAUCGAAUUAAAAGGCGAAAGUGUAACGAAUGAAUAUAUAAAGCGAAUCAUGCUACAGGGAUGGACGGUCGCUGACAUAAAGAAUCACAUUUUCGUCGAAAAGCCGCUACUAAUGAGUCCGCAAUUUAUUUUCCAAUUUAUCUAGUUAUCUCUUUUCCACUGCAAAAUUGCUGCAUGCAAAUUUUAUACGCGCUGCAUGUCACACAGGAAAAUCGGUUCAAGAUUUACUUACGACCGCUUGGGAAUUUUUUUUCAAGUAUUCCUCGAUCCUUAAGUCGUCCUCGAAGACGUAGAUGUGUAAUUUAAAACAAGAGCCUAGUGUCUCGUCCUUUACGAUUCUCACAUUAAUUGAAAACAGAAAAACAGCAAGAGGACGGUCACGACGGUUAAAAAUGAGAAUCACACCCAUUUCGCUCAAGCAGGGCCCCGUUUCGCUAUUAUUAGUGGCAUCAUUAUUCGUCAUUAUUUUCUAAUUAACACAACACUCACUGCACGCGCGAUUUAUUACUGUGACUCGAUCACGCGAAGGUUUCCCCGAGAUUGGGAAACGUCUCGGUAAAAGCGAUAUGCUACAUUUCGAAGCGGUCGCGUAUAUAUUUAUUACGUUUUCAUCGUUUUAAUAUUUGAACCCGAACGCGAGUAUAGAAGGCCUGGCGGCUGCUGUUUCUUAUCCAAGUGAAUUUCGGGAGUAUCGAUUUUCGAAAACGAAAUAUCAAUAGCGGAUUAACGAACAAAUAAAGUAAAUGCGCUGAGAAGAAUGUCACUGUCGAGAUAGUCGCGUUUCUCCCGACUCCAUACAGCAUAAAAGCUUCGGGAGCAUCCUGACGUUUCAGAAACAACUUCGGAAACGGAGGUUCUGUGCUGUAUAGGACUAGAUCUUAUCUUCAAACACAAUUCGAAUCUGUUUUAUCUUUAAUCCCUUUUCAGUCUCUCGCUACAAAUGUUAUUCGAUUUGAAUGUGAACGCUCUGAACUUCAUGUCCUGCAUGAAGAUAUGAAUUCGAGAUUAACUUACCAAUUGUUUGGAAGCUGUUUAAUCCCCUUCAACUAUUUCUAGUUAUAUUUUUUUAACAUGAAUUUAAGUCGUUCACCCCAAAGUGUAAUCGUUCAAACCAACCAUCAAACGCUAAAGGCACGGCCAAAACCAAUCUUGCUUUAAGAUAUACAGUACGAACAAGAAAACAAUAAUGAUAUCUAAAUCUUCUUAUGUCGUAUAAAGUAUGAAGUAUAAAGUAUAAAAAUAUACUUUUUAUCCAUUUCGUUAUUGGUCAUUUGGCUAUUGCUUCAAAUUAUCAAAUAUUUCGAAUUAACGAAUGCUAAUAUAAUACUGUAACACACACAACUUCGUUUCGUUCGAGAGAAUAUUAAGGUUUACUUACGGCCGCUUAGAAAUCUUGGGAUCCUCGUCGCUCACGGCUAGCUAGGCUUAUUUUGAGUUCUGCCUUCAAACAUACGUCUUAUUAUGGUGUAUAUUUGAGAAACGAUAUAACGUGGCAAGAAAACAGCAGUUCCGAUAACGGCAAAGAUUAUAAAGAUGGAAAAGUGUACAAUAAAGUACAUUAGAGACUUUA